AUGGCCAGGAUGCAAGCUUCGACCCCUGUAUUACCGCCAAUUGGAUCAGUGAUAAGUUUGCCUAAUUCAAGCGAUAUUGCAAUAUUAAAGUAUGUCGGAUCAGUCGACAAUCAUGAUGGUGUGUUCUGUGGACUGGAGCUAUGUGGAGCCCUGGCAUCAAGUGGUAAAAACGACGGCAUCAUCAAUGGCAUUGAGUAUUUCCAAGUCAGUGUGCCAAAAAGUGGCUUAUUUGUACCAUUGAGAAAAAUACUUGGUUGGUUAUCACAUACUCAUACUCAACCACAACCACAACCACAAUCAUUACCGCAAUCACAACCACUAUUACAACCGCAAUUACUACCCCAACCAAACUCGGUAUCAAUAGAGUCAACUUCUUCAGGGUCUGUUGCUGCUACUAAGGAAAUAGAGGAACUAAAGCGACAUAUCAUUUCGCUUGAGAAACAGCUCCUACUACGUGAAAAUGACCUGAAAGAGUUAGAUAUCCAGUUGGACGAGUUGGAUGCAACUCUGAGAUCUAAUGAUGCACGAUUGGCCAGGAAGGAGGAGCGUUUCAAUAGAUACAAGGUUGAAAAGGAGGAGGAAAUCUCAAUGUUGCUAACAACAAUUGAAUCUCUGGAAAAAAAAAUUGUUGAACUGGAGGAAAGGCUAAGUGUGCAACCACAAGUCCCAGAUAACAGUGAGCUAGUCAAGCGUAUCGAACAGUUAGAGAAGGAAUUGAAGCUGGAGAAGGAUAAUUUUAGUAGUUUCAAGGCUCAAAAGAGUAAUGAAAUCAAUGAAUUGAGGAAAUUUGAAAUGAAAAACUAUACUUUAGAACUGGAAAUCGAAAAAUUGAGGGAGCAUCAACACAAUGAAGAUACCGACUCACUUGUGAAUGAUUUGAGGAAACAGAUCGAGGAGAGGGAUGAAAGGCUCAAAGAAUUAGAGGGCUUAAAAACUAUUAAAUCAAGCGGAGAACUACCUAUUUAUAAACCCCAAACUGAAGUUGACCCUUCAGCUGGACGAGAAGAUUUCUGUAAUUACUGUGAUACAUCAGGACACACAACAGGUGAUUGCCCCUAUGAGAAGGAUAAUUUAGAAAUUUUCUGA